GCUGUGACGCAAACACUCACAUCCAUGUUUAACAACAACAAAGGAUGAUGGAUAAAUGAAGUUUCUAAAUUGCUUUGUGCUUUGCGGCCGUAAUGUUAUGAAAGGUUGCUGUCUUUCGCAAGUAUCUGCAACUUUAAAUAUGCAGUUAAACCGGGAAUGAGUGGUAGAUACAAUCAAAAUCUGCAAACCGUGAAGGCGGAAGGUCUGCUUUCCAGAAACUAAAAUGAUUCGCAUUGCAGCACUAAAUGCUGCUUCGACAGCUGCAGAUGAAUCUCAAGAUCCUCUGAGAAGUAACAAGAGUCAGACAAAAGAGGCUCAAGAAGCCGAGGCCUUUGCUUUGUAUCACAAAGCUUUGGAUCUGCAAAAACAUGACAAGUUUGAGGAAUCUGCGAAGGCCUAUCAUGAGCUUCUCAAAACUCCACUGCUCAAAGAGGCCAUGCCCUCAGACGAUCAGAGAGUGGGUCUUAAGCAUCCCGGACUGAUGUUGAAAUAUUCCACUUUCAAAAACUUGGCGAGUAUGGCUGCGUCGCGGGAUGACCUUGAGACUGCUAUGGAGUUUUAUUUAGAGGCAGUGAUGUUGGAUUCCACUGAUGUAAACAUGUGGUACAAAAUUGGUCAGGUUGCUGUGCGACUGGUGCGCAUUCCUCUAGCUCGUCAUGCGUUUGAGGAGGGAUUGCACUGCAACCCAGACCACUGGCCCUGUCUGGACAACCUCAUAACUAUUCUCUACACACUCAGUGACUACACCUGCUGUUUGUACUUCAUUGCCAAAGCCCUGGAGAAGGAUCAUUGUUACACAAAAGGCCUGGUGUUGAAGGAAAAAAUGUUUGAGGAGCAGCCUUGUCUGAAGAGGGAUACAAUGCAGAUGUUCAUGAAAUGCGAUAUGUCUAUUCACUAUGUGGAAGUGGAAGAAGAGGAACGCAAAUUGAUUGUGGAAGAGGCACUGGAAAUACGGAGGCGCAGGCAGGCGCUCUCUCACUGUGAACCUAAACCCGACCUCGUCCUGAUUCAGCCCAUCCGCUGCCUGUCAUGGAAGCAUGUGGGCGAAAGCCUUCUUGCAAUGUACAGACAUCAGACCACAUGUGAGCCUCCUCGCCCGAGCCUUGGCCGCAAAAUUGACCUGUCAGAAUACCGUGACCCAAACUUCCUCCAGAACCUCCCCCAGCCGACCAGCCCUAUCAGUAUGGGCCAGACCACUGUGCUGAGCAGCAGCCCCAGUUCAUCCCUGCCACCAGUGACGUUCCCUGAACCGGUAGUGCUGCCCCAGUGCAGCACUCAACCUCAUAUUACCCCCAGCCAGACCACUGUGGAGGUCACCACUUCUGCUCAUCCUGUUGCUACAGCAAUGGAAGUUUCGCUGACAGAUAAAGUGAAGAAAGCUCCAAAAAGGAAACGUAUGGUGGAAGAUAGUGGGGAGACAGCCAAGCGACGCUCAGCACGUGUUCGAAACACAAAGUGCAAGAAGGAAGAGAAGAUUGAUUUUCAAGAACUGCUUUUUAAAUACCUACCUUCCAGGCUAAAGAAAUUUGAUCCAGAUAAUGAUGAUGAGAGUCUGAGUAACCUUGAAGCACAGUGUGAUGGGAAGGAGAGCAUACAGCCUCUGCAUGGGAGUUGCUUGCCUGUUGAGUCAGUUGAAUACAUGGAGUCUGAACAACAGGAUGUCCACAACUUCCUUCUCAAUAAUAUGACUAAUGGUGGUAUACUGGACGUGAUGAUGCAGUAUCUGAAAGCAGUGGGUCAGAAGUUCAUGGAGGAGUGGCCUCGGGGCCUGACUGCUGUGGUGCUGGAGGUCUAUCAGACCUGGAGGAAGCACAGCAGUGGUCUUCCUAACCCGCUACUUCGGGACUGCAGCAACCAACACAUUCGGGAAAUGUUGGCAAUGAGCUUAGCUUGUAUGGAGUUGCAGCUGGAGCAGUGGUUACACAGCAAAGGGAAGAUUGCUGCUCCCAGAAGAAGCAGCAGUGGUCCCAGCAACGAUGCAACAGACUCUGAAUUCCCUGGGCAGCACUUCCAGGGUGAUUUGUUACUCUUAGCGCUAGGUUCAUCCCAAAGAGACCUAUUCGAGGAUGACUGGCUGGAUGUCAUGGUGCGUGUCUACUGGCUAAAGGCACGAUUCUUGACCCUGCAGGGAGACAUGGAGUUGGCCCUUGAGAGCUAUGAUGUCUGUAUAGGCCUGUUGCCGAGCAAACCAAAGAACCCAGAUGGGAAACAUUACACAAUCAACUUACCUAACCUUCGUGUAGAUGCUGCAAUUUCUGUGGAGGAGAUUGACAAGAGGCUGAAGUCUCUGGAGCGUUGUCAGUCACUGGAGGAGAUCCAGCGUCUCUUUGAGUCUGCAGACUUUGAGUCCGUGGUACGCCUGCUGCAGCCUACUCUUAAUUAUGGGAGCAGGAGCAAACCUCUGGAGUUUGUGAGCUCAGCGCCAGAGCGUCCUGCACAGUUGAUGCUACUGCAGAACUCACUGCUGAAGCUGCACGACUACCAGCAGUGUUUGGACUGCAGUGAGCUGGCUUUGAACGAAGCCCUUCAGCAGCUCAACUCUGCUUCAAACAGCUCUCCCCCUAGCAAGGAGGAGUGGGUCAGCACCAUUCAAAAGUUGCUGGAUGGCAUUGAGGUCUGCUUCAACAAAGAGUCUGAGCUUCUAAGCAGUGUUCCCCACUUCUCUAGCAUGGCUCGACUGGCAAACAACCUGAUUCAGCUAAUUGAUCUUAGCAUGACCAUUUCUGAUGAUCCCAAGGAGCCUUACUUCUUCUCAGUUCUGCCUUGGAUUAUCCUGUAUCGGAUUAUCAAACAUGAGGAGGCUGCUUUUGACUGUAUGCUUCGACAGCAUAUGUCCGUCGGGGAUGAUGAAGAUGACUCAGACACUCCCAUGCUACCCUCCUCCCUGAUGCUCCUGAACACAGCCCACGAGUAUCUUGGCCGUCGUUCCUUGUGCUGCAACUCAGAUGGUGCACUUCUCAAGUUCUAUGUUCGAGUUUUGGAGAAAGAGUUCAUAGCCUCUACCAAAAAUGAAUCUCAUCCCUACAAAGAGGAGUUGGAGAUGGCCCUGGAACAGUGCUUUUUCUGUCUCUAUGCUUACCCCAGUAAAAAGAGCAAGGCCCGCUACCUGGAGGACCACUCAUCUCCACAAGUUGAGCUUCUGUGGAGCGAUGCCCUCUUCAUGUUCCAGUAUUUCAAACCAAAGUCACUGCCUGAGUUUGACAGCUAUAAGACAAGCACAGUGUCUGCAGAAUUAGCCAAUCUGCUGAGGAGGUUUUCUGGAAUCACCCCCCAAAGUGACACUCCCACACUCACCAUGGAUGAAGUGGCAGCCUACAUCGAGGACUCGGCAGAAAAGGCCCCAUGCCUUCCUGCGGGCAGCGCUCCUGCACCUCCAAUCAUCAAUGAGAUGUACUACCUGCUGGCUGAUUAUCAUUUCAAGAACAAGGAGCAGUCCAAAGCCAUCAAGUUCUAUAUGCACGACAUAUGCGUGUGUCCCAACAGGUUUGACUCCUGGGCAGGUAUGGCUUUAGCUAGAGCCAGUCGUAUCCAGGACAAGCUCAACUCUAAUGAGCUGAAAAGUGACGUACCAAUAUGGAAGCACUCCCAGGCAGUACUUAACUGCUUUAAGAGAGCCCUGGAGAUCGACAGCUCUAACCUGUCUCUGUGGAUUGAGUAUGGGACAAUAUCAUACGCACUGCAUUCGUUUGCUUCACGGCAGCUCAAACAGUGGCGUAAUGAGCUUCCCCCAGAGGUGAUUAAACAGAUGGAAGAAAGGAGAGACUCCAUGUUGCAGACAGCAUUUCAGUGUUUCCAGGGUGCUUCCAGUUGUGAAGGUGACAGUGAUGAAGAAGAGUGGCUUAUUCACUACAUGCUGGGGAAGAUAGCAGAGAAACGCAAACAGCCGCCCGUGGAAUAUCUGAAGCUUUACAAUAAGGCAGCACACUAUCUGCAUGAAGAAGCUGCCAGGUACCCCCGGAAAAUUCAUUACCAUAAUCCUCCUGACCUAGCCAUGGAAGCCCUGGAGUUGCACUUCCGUCUGAGUGCCACCAUCCUAAAACUUCUUGAGGCUGAUGAACCUGAUCUGGAACAUGAGCCCUUGUUUACUUUGCUGGUCGAGGCGGCUACAGGGCCUUUCGCGAGAGGGGAAGAGAAGAGUAUGCCAAGUAUGCCAAGGACCCAUGAAAAGGAGAAGCCCCCCACUAUGAUGGAUGAAGACUUUAAUUGCUCCUCAGUUUGCAUAGGGAAUGUCCUCAGCUCCUCUCUGCCAUCAGUUGCCACCCCAGGUCUGACAACUCCUCCUUACGUGGCCACGCCAUUUGACCAUGAUUACGCCAAACGCAAAACACUCCGAAGGCAGCAGUGGCAGCAACAACGGCAUGAGGAGCAGCAGGCUGAUGCCUCACCAGAGUUUGACCAUGAUUACUGCCUGCCCAGGUCUUCACUAUGGCUGGCUUCCCUGAAUGAACGCAGUCAGGACAGUGAGGUGGUGUUGCUUUCUGACUCCAACUCCACCCAGGAUGCCUUCACAGAUCCCACCAGUUCACAAGACAGCAGCCACAAGCCUGCCUCGGGGAAAGCCAGUUCUUCAUCCUCAGAAAGUACAACCCCUGUGAAGGAUGGGCAACCCACAUCUGAAGACACAGUGCCACACGGAGAGCAUACUGGCAUCCAGACGGAAGAGAAAGUGAUCCAGGAAGUAGUCGAGGUGGUGGUGAUAAUCCCUGACGCUUCAGCCACCAAGGUCUCUGCAGACCCCAGUCCUGUGCCUGUCCCAGCCACCCCUCCGAAGUCAGCCACAUCCCAGCAGGCCACUCCUCAGACCCCAGCCAGCGAGGGCAAGAAGAAGCCAGAGCCCCCUGCCGAGGUGAUCGAAGUGCCUAAAGCCCUGCCUGCAGAACGUGCUGAUCAGAGACGAAUGCUGGUGGAAAUGUGUGUCCGUGCUCUCUUUCUCUGCCUCGGCCGCUUUCCUCAGCACUACAAGAGUCUCUACCGCCUGGCCUUCUUCUAUACCAACAGCAAGACCCAUCAGAACCUACAAUGGGCCAGAGAUGUGUUGCUAGGAAGCAGUGUCCCAUGGCAACAGCUGAAGCACAUGCCAGCACAAGGACUUUUCUGUGAAAGAAACAAGACAAACCUGUUCAAUGGCAUCUGGCGUAUUCCAGUAGAUGAGAUUGAUCGCCCAGGAAGUUUUGCAUCUCAUAUGAACCGAUCCAUUGUCCUCUUACUGGAGGUGCUGUCUCAGCUUAAGGAUCACGAUACUCUGCUGAAAGUGUCUUUCAUGCUUCAGAGAACCCCUGAUCAGGGAAAGAAGUAUUUGCGGGAUGUUGACCGCCAGGUUUUGGCCAAGAGAGCAUUUUUCCUAACUGUAAAAGUCCUGGAGGACAAUCUGAACAGUCUCACAGGGGUGUCUGAGCAGCUUCACAAAGCUCCUGCGACCUCCAUGGGGGAGAUGACCACAACGGACACAUCCAACAGGCCCAGUUCAGAGGACAGCAAACAUGGAGUGCCUAAGAAGCCUGGGCUCACAGAGGGAGCCUGUGCUGCUGACACAGGGCCCAGGGAAGCCUCUCAGGCACAACUCACCCCACCACUACCAUCCACAGAUAAAGUGAUUAAGGUUCAGGAGAGCUGCCCUGGAAAGGUGGAGACUACUGGGAAUGAGGGGCACAAAUCAGGGCCAGAGGAACCAAUGGAACUGGACUCUGCCCACUGGAGGAAGCCCUCUAAUACAACAGAUUCUCAGGGCAACCAAACAGAGGCUGAGACCUCCCUGAUUGGUAUGGAGCCCCAGCAGAAGGUCACAGACAGCAGCCGGACACCAGAGCUUUCUCUAGAGGAGCUAAGUAUCAGUUCCAGACAGCAGCAGCUUCAAGCCUCAGCACCCAAGGUCACCGUGGCAGCAAGCGGCACUGAUCAGGGCUUACUACGAAAGCCAAACAGGAAGAGGAAGCUUCUAGAGGAUGUGGAGUCUGGAAAAACCCUACUGCUUGAUGCGUACAGAGUGUGGCAGCAGGGACAGAAAGUCAUGACCUAUGACCUAGGACGCAUUGAGAAGAUCAUGUCAGAGACUUACAUGCUCAUUAAACAGGUUGAUGAGGAUGUAGCUCUGGACCAAGCUGUGAAGUUCUGCCAGAUACAGCUGGCUGCUUCUGCCCAAAGACAGUCUGCAGGCGAUGCCCCGACCACGCCUAAAUAUACCAAGGAGCACCGAGACCUCUUCUUCCCCACCUCCCUGCCAACGCCCGUCCUCCUCAGCCACUCCACCUGCCACCCGCUUUCCACUCCGGACAGCCAAUCCAAAGCGGUGUACGAGCCCCUGAGCAAGCUGUCCAGACCUCAAACCUCAGGCUUCCACGAUCAGCCACAGCACAGGAGAGCAGCCAGCCACUCUGCUGCAGCCAUGGCCUUCCUACCACACACAGAGGAGCGGGAGGAGCCUUCAGAGGGACUUCUGUACCGACAGCAGGAGUCUCACCUUUGUCAGCAGAUGAAACUCGCCUCAGUGUCCCAGGGACAAGAAUCAACAGCUGGCUGGUUUCAAGAGGAAACAGCCACAUGUAGCAGCACACAACUUUGCCCAGACCAGCAGCAGUAUGCCAGCAGCGACCAGUCGAAGCUUCCAGACCCCAGCCGAAUCCGCUCCCGCGUCCCGCCCAACAUGCCAAAGCUUUUCAUCCCUUCCACCGUCACCAAGUUCCCACCAGAGAUCACGGUAACACCUCCCACACCCACACUUCUCUCCCCCAAAGGCAGCAUCUCAGAGGAAACUAAACAAAGACUUAAGAACGUCAUCCUGUCGUCCCAGUCUGCAGCCACAGUCAAGAAGGACACUCUGAGUCAGCCGGCACUGGAGGUACAGGAGACAUCCAGCCAGGAGUCGUCUCUGGAGAGCGAGUCGGACGAAGAGGACGACUACAUGGACAUCUGAGCCUCUGAAGGCGCAAACUGAACUCAAGUCACAUCUUGGCCUCACUCCACCAAACCCUGCGUCCCCCCCAUCUUAAAAAAAGGAAUGGUUCAGGCCAUCGCAGCUGUCUGUGUUGAUGCGGUUAUUUCUUCACGUGCAUUACAAACAGAAAAACGGAAAACAAAUGCAGUAUUCUCAUGAGCUGUCAUGUCACGGUGAUGAUGUAUCUGACAGACGAUGGUAGCUUCAGUCUCACAGCAUGUCUGUAAUGUGCCAUUUAUGCAUUUCACACAUCGGCUUAUUGAGCUCUCCUGCACCCACUGGACCUGGCAGAACAAAGACUCUGAUUCUUUAAAGCCAGCCGUUCGCCUGUUUAUGCAUCUUUUUGUACGUCGUGUGCUAACCGUAUCUCCAAGCCGCAGCUAAACGCUCGUCGCGUGAGGUGCCUCAGUCUGGAUCUACGCUCAGCAGCAUGCACCCGCUGCCCUCCAGUUCAGUAAUUUACUUUGGCAUGAGACUUUCAUCUCCAAGACGCGCUGCAUCGGUACAUGAUAUAUUUCAAUGAACACAAAGGUGAUGUGAGGACAGUCGGCUGCAUUCAAGGUUCGUCUGUGGAGCCGCACAGCCUCACAACCUGUAGCAGAUUGGAAAUGUUUACACUUAACGUUCGGGAUGUUUUUCAGUUUGCACUUAACUUUGUGCUAUUUUUGUACUCACCGUAAUUCUUGUAAUAUUUUGUCCUAUCUAUAUUUUUCUUUUCUUUCGUGUGCAUUUGUAGCUAAGAGGAACAGUUCUUACCAGGAAGACGUCCUGCCACCAGCACUGAUGUGAAUGAUACGGAAAGAGGUUUUUAGUCCUUACAAAUCAGCUUUUGUACAUAUCACAGUCCAAAUAUCUUUCCAAUACGUUAGGCUUUUAUGGGUUCAGUAUGAAGCUGGAGAAGCGAGUGCAUGUGUGAGAGGGUUGCUUCAUUUCCAAUCAACUCAGGAAACGACCCGACGCUACCAGACGCUGGUAUUUCCUGAUUUCAGUGGAUUUGAAAUGCAUACUGAAGAGGACUUUCUAAUACAGAUGCCUUUCCUUUGAAACCAUUUUGGUAAAUGUGUCACACUUCUAGCUUAACUCAGAGGAAGACAACCGAAUGUUUUUUACAGAUUGUUUUCUAUAAACGAUAUCAAAGAAAGAUAUUUACUGAUUAUGUUUCUUGAAAGCUGCAGAAAAAUAAUUUUUAAAAAGGGCACAAAUGAAUAAUUGUAAACUACUACCCUUGUUAAAAAAGAUUUUCUAUUUUAGUUCAUUAUUUUUUGUUUGUUUGGGGUUUUUUUUUUGGUGUAAGAUAGUUUUCUAUUGUUCUGCUGAUCUUCUAGGAAUGUACCACAGCUAAAGAGGUGACCAGGGUAAAGACUUUAGCUUGCCCCGGCCCCUGGUGCAGACUGCUGGAGUGGAACUGUUCUCUGUGUCUGGACUGAAUGCAUUAUAGAUGUCAAACCAAAAAUAUAUUUGAGAAACACAUAUUUGAGGUGUGAUUCCUUGCAUCAGAUAGAUGAUGGUUGUACAUCUCACGCCUCCUGGGUUUUGUGGGGACAUACUUAAGGGGCCAGUGUGGUUACAGCAGCUGUUACUGCCAUAACUAUGAUUCAUUGUAACACCUAUGGACACAUAAUGACAGGUGAUCUACUGAAAAGUCUACUUUUUCAAUGAUAACUUGUUGAUAUUAGGAAGCAAAAGUAAAAGCAUCCUACAGUGUGCAUAUACAGUUGCAUGACAAUACGUACAAUGCUUCGUUUUUGUCACUUCCAAGAGAGAAUACAAACAUUUUUCUUCUACUCUUUCCACUUAUUAUAAACUAGAGAAGCUCAAUGCAUCAUUCAUCAGUUGAUGAAGCCUUUAAAAUGAAACAUCAGCAGCGGCCCAAAGUGAACAAUGACACAUAGAUUUAUGGUUUUGUUUGAAAAUGCUAAAUGGAAAUAAAUAUGGUGCAUUUUACAUGUAAAUUAAA